AUCCAUCUUAUCAGUAGGUUUUUAAGUUUGUUUUUUCUUUUAUUGACAUUUUAUCAUACACCUUACGGAGGCGUUGCUAGUUUUGAAGAAACUUUUGGACGAAGAAGCUUCCGAGCUUAGUGGAGAAGUUUUCUGGGUCUUGAAAGCAUGAUCUUUUUGAAAAGCCUAAGGUGCAAUGAAAUAUCAUUUGGCCCAUUCAAUUCAUUUUCACAAAGGAGAUGGAAAAAACCAGUUGUUUCAGCUCAGACUCGCUUAGAAACAAGGACAAGAGAUUCAAAACUCGACAAGCUCGUGACACACAUUCACAAACUCAAAACAAUCCUCAAUAUCCACCAGCUUAUGUCCCAGCGAAAGCGAGGUCCCUUCGUCUCCGUACAACUGAUGUCGCGAUGGAGAAACAUUGUGGGUCUGAAUGUUGGCAUGGGUGCAUUUCUCCACAAAUAUCCUCACGUGUUUGAGUUAUUUCCGCACCCAAUUAGGAGGAAUUUAUGCUGCAAGAUAACUCGAAGAAUGAGGGAUUUGAUUGAUGAGGAAGAAAAAAUUGUCAAAAAUUAUGAACAUGAAUUGGUGCAGAGAAUAAAGAAAUUGCUCAUGAUGUCAAAGAAUGGGACACUUCAUGUCCAUGCUUUGAGGUUGAUUAGGAGAGAACUGGGCUUGCCUCAGGAUUUUAGAGAUUCUAUUUUAAGAAAGUAUUCAAAGGAUUUUAGGUUAGUUGAUUUAGAAAUUGUUGAAUUGGUUGACAGAGAUGAGAGUUUGGCGGCGGCUGAGGUUGAAAAGUGGAGAGAAAAAGAAUACAUAGAUAAGUGGUUGAGUAAGUUCGAGACAAGUAAUGCAUUUCCCAAUAAUUUUCCAACAGGGUUUAAGAUAGAGAGAGGAUAUAGGGAGAAAUUGAAGAACUGGCAGAGGCUUCCUUAUUUGAAGCCAUAUGAGAGCAAGGAGGUUGUCAGAGUGCGUACUUGUGGAGGGAUUGAGCGUUUUGAGAAGCGGGCAGUUGGGAUUAUGCAUGAGCUAUUGAGUUUGACCGUAGAAAAGAUGCUUGAAGUUGAAAGGUUGGCUCAUUUUAGAAAGGAUUUUGCUAUAGAAGUUAAUGUACGUGAAAUGCUUUUGAAGCACCCUGGCAUUUUCUAUAUAUCUACCAAAGGAAGUGCUCAGACUGUUUUCCUUAGAGAAGCCUAUUCCAAAGGGUGUCUGGUUAUGGCAAAUCCUAUUUAUGUUGUUCGAAGGAAAAUGUUGGACCUUAUCUUGCUGGGGUGUCGAAAUACAAGAUCAUUGGAAUACUCUGAAGAAAGUAAGGAGGAAAUAAAUGGCUUAGUUUUUAGAACCAAUGGGGGAGGCAGAAGAGAUGGAGACUGGGUUAUCCCAAUUUUAGAUAGUUAUGAUCAAAAUGUCCUGGAUAAUCAAGGUGAAAUCAAUGAUUCCAAACAACCAUUUGAUGGAUGUGAGAGUGGAAGAAGUCAAAUUGUGUGCUUUGAGGAUGAAUCUAGUUGAUUUUAAGGCAUUGAAUGCUUAUCGUUGCAACAUAGGGUCUCAUUCACUUAAAUAGCAUAGAACCUAUCUUGAAUGGAGAUGAGGGAAUGCUCCGCAAUGAGCUGCUAGAGUCUAGAGACAACUUAUAACCUUUCGUCAAGGCAGUGAAAGAGGGGUUAGUGAUGAUUGAUUAUGCUGCCUGACUGGCUUCUUCAUACAGCAAUAGAGAAGCUUGGGUGGAAUGGAUGAUGCCUUUUGGAGUUGGAACUUUUCCAUCUCCAGUAUUGUGAACCUGUUCUAGGCUUGAAGAACUACAGUUUUCACGAGCCAAAAUAGAGCGCAUCAGUUUUAAGAAAUGGCAUUCAAGUAUUCUCCAAACAAUUUAAUGCCAAGCUGAGAACAUCAAAUUAAAGAUGAAAGAUUUAAUUUCUUUUAUUAUGGAUGGGCAUGAGGAGGAUAAGAGCUUCACAAGAAAAUUCAAUGCUCAAUUCGGAAGAUCAUAUGAAAGUGGGUUCUUGAUGAAAACGCCCCACAAAGAGCGAGUUAAUGAACUUGGAUCCUUAACUGCUAGAACAGAUACAUUUGCAUUAAAAGAGAAAUCAACUAGAAGAGCAUGCGGUUUCCUUUCUCUUCACUGAAUAUGCGUAUAUCCUUUGUGUUUGAAGUUAGAUAGUGUUUCACACAUGCAAUAGGAGAAAAUACUGAAACAAAUAGGGAUAUUAGUCAAUUAUCCUCCUUCUCAAAAGGGUGUUUGAGUUUAAUUUUUGCUGGUUGCAAAGGUGUGACAAUGGAGUAUUAUGGGGAAAAGAAAUGGAAUGAAGUCUAGAAUUGAACCCAUGCUUAUGCUUAGAGCUUCAUUUUAUGGUGGUUCCAAGCUGCUUGUUCUGCUUGGCCAAUUGUAUGUAUCUCUUCAUUGGACUUCUGUUUCAGUAAAUACUGCUGUUAGCUAUGAUGUAAAAACCAGUUGUUCGUCAUCAUGGUUGUUUAUAUGUUUGCAGGUAAAAUAUUAUUUUUCUGCAUUUUACAUCCAAGUUGAGUUUCUUGCUGGGCCAGAGAUCCUUUGACAUUCAUUAUAUUCAAAAAAUUUUCUCUGGCUGCUGUUAGCUAUUGGUCUCACACUCUCAUGCUAACAUGAUUACCAUAAAAUGUACUAGACUAUAGCACUCCUUGCUUAGUGAGCGAAAUAUAAUAUUGAGAGUACUAUUGGAGAAUUGUCCUAUGUCCAACAGCGUCUGAGCCUUCAUUGUGAGUGCUGGAAUGGCUUGAUGGGAUAGUGGUUAACAGUUUGUGCAAAGAGUAUUUGACCCCAGCGGAGCCAUCUACUCGUGUUAGCUGCGAUGGAAAUAAUAAAUGUACAUUA